AUGUAGUCAUUAAGAUGUCAUAAUACUAUUGGAUUUGAUUAAAAUUUUGAUAAAAUUGCAAAAUAAGAAUAAAAGAUGCAAAAAUAAGAGAAAUAAUAAACAAAAGAAUCUACUUUUCUAGGAAAGAUUGUGUGGAUACUUAUAGGAAUUCUUGUUGCAUAUGGGAUUAGAUUAUACCUAAGUGAAUUCUAAAAUAUUAAUUGCAUAAUAAAUGGAGAUCAAAUUAUCAUGGAAAAUAGUGGAAUGUUUAUUAGAGACGCUGGUGUUGCCCAUCUAUCAUCUUAAUUAAAUCAGAAUGUUUAAGCUACUAAAUUGAUAGCAGAUUUAGGGAUCAAUUAAAUUUCUGAUCUAACAAUCUUCUUUGAGUCUUUGGGCUAUUUAACCAAGUUAAAAGAAUUGAAGUUAUCUUUUGGAAAUAAUCCCAUAAUCAAUUAAGAAUCCUAAGUUAUGAAGUUGGUUGACACCCUCUCUAAACUCAAGGAAUUAGAGCAUCUAAACCUUGGUAUGGACUCAAUUCUUAAUAAUUAAAGCAGACUCAAGAUUAUUUAAUAGGUAUCUAAGAUUCCGGAAUUAACAACUCUUCGUAUUUCUCUCAUCAGUUGUGAUUUGUCAGAAGAAGGCAUUAAAUCACUUGCCCCUCUUGCAGAAAUGAAAAACCUUAAAGCUCUAGAUCUUAUACUUGUUGGAAGUAAAUUAAAAGAGAAAGAGAUGGAAUCUCUGUAAUUAAUACUAUCAAAGCUUCCUAAACUAGAGAAACUCAAUCUAAAUUUAUAUGCAAAUAAAAUCUAACAUGAUGGAGUGAAGACUCUCAGCGUUGGAUUAUAAUAAUAGAUCUAAGUAAGAGAAUUUGGAAUUGAUUUGUAUUUCAACAACAUUACAUAUAAUGGAACAGAAAGUUUAAUGAAAGUAGUAGAGUAGAUGAAUAAUGUAACCAAAUUAAAUUUGGGUUUGGAAUUCAAUUAUAUAAAAGAUGAAGGAGGAAUAUAUGUUGGAAAUACAUUAACCUAAUUAAAAUAGCUUAAAGAAUUAUCAAUUAAUGCAGCUACAAAGAAUUUUGGAUGGGUUGGCUUUGAGGCUAUCUUGGUAGCCAUUGAGAAGUUACCUCCUUUGGAUAAACUAGAAUUGGUUAUAGGUGUUAAUAAAUGUGGUCCAAAAGGUGCAGAAUUAUUAAAGAAUGUUCUCUACAAACAUAAUAAAUUAAAAUCAUUGAGAAUCAAUUAUUUAGAAAACUACAUCGGUGAUGCUGGAGCUACAUUUAUUGCUGAUGGAAUUCAAUAUUAGAGUUAAUUGGAGGAAUUACAUGUCAAUAUGAAUUUCAACUCCUUUUCAGACAGAGGAGCAUUAGAAUUGGCUAGAGCUGUUAAGAAUGCUAAAUCUCCAAAGGUUGUAUAAUUAAAAGUUAGUUAAAAUUAAUUGACCGAUAAAGGAAUCAAAGACAUGUUGUAACUUUUAGAAUAAUCACUCUCUAAACUAGAUUCUUUAAAUGUAGAAAUUUUGAACACUGCAUUAACAAAUGCAACUAGAGAUGAUAUUGAAACCAAAUAUGGAAAUGUAGAGAAGCUAAGCCUAAAAUUAAACACUAUUCCACCAAGUAAUUGGGAUUGAUAGAUUAAAUUUUAUCAUUGUUAAAACAUUUAAUCAAAUAAUCAUUUUA